AUGGCUAUUGACCCUGAGACGCGCCGCAAGCUCUUGUUGCUCCAGAAGAACGGCGCCAACAAAAAAUGCUUUGACUGUGGUGCUUUUAACCCCCAGUGGGCGUCGCCCAAGUUUGGCAUUUUCAUUUGUCUUGAGUGUGCGGGCAUUCACCGUGGUUUAGGCGUCCACAUUUCGUUUGUGAGGUCUAUCACGAUGGACCAGUUUAAGCCUGAGGAGGUGUUGCGUAUGGAGAAGGGCGGUAACGAAAACUGCAAGGAUUUUUUUGAAAAACACGCUCUUGAUUUGGACUUACCUGCUAAGGCUAAGUUUGACAACUACGUCGCUGCUGACUAUAAGGACUACUUGACGUGUGUGGUUGAGGGCCGUGAGUACGAGGAGAAGGACCACUCGGGCGAGAGUUUGCCUACUAAGGAUGCUCCAGCAUCUUCUGCAUCGUCUGUCACUUCUGGUGGUGCUGGUGGUGCUGGUGCUAAACAGCCGGCUCCUCAGGUUGAUCGGGCGAGAAACGAAGCCUAUUUCGCUCAGCUUGGGUCUCAGAACGAGAGAAGACCAGAGAAUCUUCCUCCUUCUCAGGGUGGAAAGUACUCUGGUUUCGGUAACACGCCUCAGCCAGCUUCAAACGGUGAUGCCAAGGCUUCUCUUUCGGGUUUCUCGUUUAACAGGUUCCAGGAAGAUCCUUUUGGUACAUUCACCAAGGGUUGGGGUAUUUUCUCUCUGAGCGUGGCCAAGUCGGUUAACGAAGUGCACGAGUCAGUGAUCAAACCUGGCUUCCAGAACAUCCAGGAUAGUGAUUUGGGUGGAGAGGCCAAGAAGGCCAUGGCCCAGUUUGGCCAGAGAAUGCAAGAAACUGGUAAGUAUGGUCAUGAGACGUUUAACACGUUCACAAAGGAUGUCCAGGAUAAGGGCCUCAACAACACUCUUGAUCUGUUCUUCCUGAACCUCAGUGUCAAGGAAAAGCAAGAAGUUCAAGAUGCCUUUGGUUUCGAGAAGCCCGAGUCAAAGACGCUUCUCGACUCUGCCAGCAACGACGACGACAUUAACGGGGGAUACCAGAAUGUGCCCACGCCGGCUCUCACUCCCAAACCAGCCCCUCCUAAGCCAGUCACCCCAAGACCAGUCACAUCAAGGCCGUCUUCAGCCAGACCUGUUGCCAAAACAGUAGCAGCUGCGCCAGCUGCUUCCAAGGAUGACGAGUGGGAUGACUUCUAA